AUGGUCCACUUAUAUUCCCCGAAUUCAGCCAGGCAACAGGCCAUCACCCAGUCCAUCCUCCAGGACCUUGUGGUUGGAUGCUGUCUCCCCCUGUCUAUCAUCGAAAACCCACAUUUUAGACGCUUCCUGAAUGUCCUGGAUAGCAAAUACACUCCCAUGUCUAGGACCAGCUUGACAGAGAAGUUGAUACCUCACCUUGUCACUAAAGUUAAGGGAGACAUAAUCAAAGCCCUGGACGUCCAGUCAAAUGUUGCAAUAACAGCAGACCUCUGGUCUGACCGGAGGCUUCGGUCCUUUCUGGGAGUUACCGCUCAUGUUGCUUGCAAGGACAAGGAUUCUUACAGUUUAAAAUCAUUUUUGCUAGACUGUAGGCGUUUCACAGGGAAGCACUGUGGGGAACGAAUUGCCUCAGCAUUUGACAACAUUGUUGAGGAGUAUGGCGUUGGGCAUAAAAUAAGCUACAUUCUGACGGAUAACGCGUCCAAUAUGAAGCGGGCCUUUAAAGUGAGGAUGCCAGAAGUAGAGCAGCCUGAAGGUGACAGCAGUGAUGACCUCGAUGAUGAAACAAUGUGGGAGGAUGCAGAACAUGUAGAGCCAUGGUCAUCAGGUGAACGUCUUUCUUGCUUCGCCCACUCGCUGCAACUCGUCAUCAAUGACGGGAUGAAAGAGGUAAAGGCAAUAGCUAGAGCCAUUGCCAAGGCCAGUAAAUUCACAACUCUGCUGCACAGCAGUAGCAAGCAUAGGGACAUGUUUGAGGCCCACUUUGGCUCUAAUAAGUCUAUCCCAGCAGCAAACAACACCCGCUGGAAUAGUACCUAUAAGCAGUUAAAGGCUCUCACCACACUUGACCACCGGAGCAUCACAGAAAUGUGCAGUGACACAGAAAAUUUAGUGUUUUCAAUCCGAGAAUGGGCUCAGCUGACUGACCUUUGUGCUUUGCUCGAGCCAUUUUCUGAGGCAACUGACCUCACGGAAGGAGACACUGCUGUUACUAUCAGCAUGGUGGUCCCCACCAUUCUGGACUUACGGACGCAUCUCAUCAAGAUGGAAGUGCACCUGCCGCAGAUUGUGACAAUAGUCAGAGCGAUGAAAAAGUCUUUAGAGAAGAGGUUCUCAGGAAUUUUCAGAAGGAUCAACAUGGACGAGGGAGAUCCGGAGCAACCAUUUAAUCAUCGCAUCUACUUUCUUGCCGCCAUGCUUGACCCCCAGUUUGGAUUGAGUUGGGUAGAUUUAGACGUCCAAAAUGGUGAAAGCGGUCCAGCACUGAAGAGAUUCAGAGAUGACCUUAAAAAAUCAUUAACAGACCUUUUGAUCACAGAGGUAGACAGAGAUGCAACUGCAGCAACAAUAGCAGAAGACACAGAAGAAUCACAUAGUGACUCACCGCCGCCCCUGAAACAUCAGCGUCUUCUUUCACGCUACAAGGCUUUUAAGUUGAAACGUAGCACAACCCAGGACUCGAGCAUUGAUGCACAAAUAAGCAAGUACCUAGACAGCAUAAAUGACAUUGACUGUGAUGCACUGACCUUUUGGUCAAAAAACAAAGAACGUUUCCCCAAUCUACAUGAUGUUGCCUUGAAAGUUCUCUCUGUUCCUGCCUCUUCUGCCCCAGUUGAGAGAGUUUUUAGUAGAGGAGGCAUUCUAAUGAGACCCCACCGUGCACGGCUAGGCCAUAAGAUGUUGCAAUUUUUAAUUUUCCUGAAGUGUAAUCAAGCACUGUUUUAAAGCACACACAGGUGCGUGAGGGGGCGUGUCUUCACACUGGUUUCUUGGUUCCCUAACCAUAGAACAAUUUGUUCUUCUCAGCUAAUCCACACUGGUUCCGCACACAUGAUAUAGUAUAUGCCUUUCAUUUUUGAUGUAUUAGUUUAUCAACUUGUUCUUUGUCUAUAGUACCUGUGCUCUAUGGUUCUUGCACCACUGAACAACAUGAUUGAUUUCAUUGACAGUAUGAUUUAAUAACAUGACACUGCAAGUGUCAGAAUCUUGUAAGCUCUUAUUCUUAUUAAUAUACAAUUUGAUGUACAGUUUUUGAUGUAUUAAUAUUUAGUAUUUGUAUUUUACAUUUGUUUGAUGAAUUUGUGUCUUUAAUCUGUGU